CCUGCAGUUCAGCGGUUGGACUGCUCCUGUGUGAUUACUGACCAUGCCCCUGGAGCUCGACGCCCCCGCAACACAACCGCGUUCUGUUCACUCUGUUCUGCUCGGACGCUGUUGAUCAAACCCCGCUUGAGAGCCGUUCGGCGGGCCGUCAAGAGAGGAGAGGGAAGAUAAGACAAUACGCACAGGGUCCAGCGAGCGGACAGCCAUUGCUUUUUGCUUUCGUUGUUAAUAAAGAAAGCACCGUCUCUGCUGUGAAUCACCAAAACAUCAAGAGCCAAGCGGUGGGAAAACAGCAGUGAGUCGCUCUAUUGUCUCUGUGACUGUGACUGUGCGGAUUGUCUGAAUAUGAAGAUGUCUGAUCUGGCCGUGUUGUUGCUGCCGGUCCUGUGUAGCAUCAUCAGCACCUUCAGCGCAGCAUCCUCAGUAUCCCGGAAGUGUGAGGACAGUUUGGCCACUCCUCUCCCCUACAGCUCCUUCACCAGUUCAUCAGUGUAUGCUCGAGACCAUGGAGCUGGUUACGCUAAACUCAAUCGGAAACAAGGUGCUGGAGGGUGGUCACCCUCGGACACAGACCGUUACCAGUGGUUACAGGUGGACCUGGGUUCACGGAAGCAGGUGGUUGCUGUAGCGACACAGGGUCGCUACAGUAGCUCUGACUGGACCAGCAAAUAUAUGCUGCUUUACAGUGACACACAGAAAAACUGGCGGCCUUAUCUACAGGAUGGAAACAUCUGGACAUUUGAGGGGAACGUGAACAAUGAUGGUGUGGUUCGCCAUGAGCUGCAGCAUGCCAUUCUGGCUCAGUACAUCCGCUUCAUCCCACUGGACUGGAGCAGUGAGGGACGCAUCGGACUACGUCUGGAGGUCUACGGCUGCUCAUACUGGGCAGAUGUGAUCAGUUUCGACGGCCAUGGCAUCAUCUCAUACCGCCUCAGGAGUAAAAAGAUGAAGAUUGUGAGGGAUGUCAUCUCUCUGAAGUUUAGAACCACGGCAGGAGAUGGGGUGCUGCUCCAUGGAGAGGGACAGCAGGGAGACUACAUUUCCCUGGAGCUCCGUGGGGCACGACUGCGGCUCAGCAUCAACCUAGGCAGUAACCAGUAUGGUUCCAUCCAGGGUCACACCUCUGUGACCAGUGGGAGCUUACUGGAUGAUGACCACUGGCACUCAGUUGUCAUAGAGCGUUACCGUAGGAAUGUCAACUUCACUCUGGAUCACCACGUUCAGCAGUUCAGGACCAAUGGAGAGUUUGACCACCUGGACCUGGACUAUGAGAUCAGUUUUGGAGGGUUGCCUGUAUCAGCAAAGCCAAGCUCAGGAGGCAGACAGAACUUUGUGGGCUGUAUGGAGGGAAUCACCUACAACGGAGACAACAUCACUAACCUGGUCCGCAGGAACAAGGUGGACACCUCCAGCUUUCGUAAUCUGACUUUCUCGUGUGCUGAGUCCAACUCCUUCCCGGUCUUCUUCAACUCCACAUCCUUCCUGCGGCUGCCAGGUCAGAGUGACAGCGACACUCUGUCAGUCAGUCUGUCUUUCAGGACAUGGAACCCCAAUGGGCUGCUGAUGUUCACAGCACUGGCUGACGGCUGGGUGGAGCUGGGACUGACGGAUGGCAAGAUCACAGUCUACAUGAAUGUGACGCAGAAGAAGAACACUCGUAUUGACAUCUCAUCAGGUUCGGGUCUGAAUGAUGGACAAUGGCACAGUGUCCAUCUGAAUGCACUGGAGAACUAUGCUAUGCUGACAGUUGAUGGAGACGAGGCAUCCACAGUCAGAACAGCCAUUCCCAUCCAGAUCCAGACUGGAGGAACAUACUACUUCGGAGGCUACUUCCUGCACACUAACUCCCGGUCACUUCAGCGCUCCUUCCAGGGCUGCAUGCAGAUGAUCCACAUAGACGACCAUCUAGCUGACCUCAGGGCUGUGGAACAGGGCCUCAUUGGAACCUUUGAAAAUGUCAGCCUGGAUAUGUGUGCCAUUAUAGACAGGUGUGUCCCUAACCACUGUGAGCAUGGUGGUCUCUGUUCUCAGACGUGGGAUACAUUCAGCUGCAACUGUAGCAGCACUGGAUACACUGGAGCUACCUGCCAUACAUCAAUGUUUCAGCAGUCCUGUGAGGAGUACAAACACCUCGGUAAGAGCUCAGGGAGCUACUGGAUAGACCCAGAUGGCAGUGGAUCUAUCGCCCCCUUCAGAGUCAGCUGUGACAUGACAGAGGAGAAGGUUUGGACCACGCUGAAAAACAAUCUGUCUCCUCAGACGUCAGUCACCAGUGCAGACCAGGAGGGGAAGGCAGUGCUGCAGAUCACUUACAAUGUGACUGAUGAACAGGUGCUGUCAGUCACCAGCACUGCUGAGAAGUGUGAACAGUAUGUAGCGUAUGCCUGCCGAAUGUCUCGUCUGCUCAACUCUCCUGGUGGCGUACCGUUUAGCUGGUGGGUAGGAAGAGCCAAUGAAAGACAUUUUUAUUGGGGGGGUUCAGGACCAGGGAUACAGAAGUGUUCCUGUGGUAUCGAACACAAUUGCACUGUCCCCAAACACUACUGCAACUGUGACGCUGACCUGCGCACCUGGAGGGAGGAUGCAGGCCUGUUGGUGUAUAAAGACCAUUUACCAGUCAGUCAGGUUGUGGUCGGUGAUACAAGCAGAGCUGGAUCUGAAGCCAAACUAACAAUAGGGCCGCUCAGAUGCCAUGGGGACCGGAACUACUGGAAUGCAGCAUCCUUCACCAGCCCUGCCUCCUACCUCCACUUUCCUUCCUUCAGAGGAGAAACCAGCACUGAUAUUUCCUUCUACUUCAAGACUUCCUCCACUCAUGGGGUCUUUCUAGAGAACCUGGGAACCACCAACUUCCUUCACAUUGAACUCCAAGGAGGCUCGGUGGUCUCCUUCUCCUUUGAUGUUGGCAGUGAGCGGGUGGAGCUCAGCGUCCACUCGCCGGUGCCUCUGAACAAUGACCAAUGGCAUCGUGUGGAAGCUGAGAAGAACAUCAAAGAGGCAGUGCUGCAGCUUAAUGGGCAGUACAGAGAAGUCAGACUUACCCCCCCACAGGGACACACAAAACUGGAGUUCUACAGUGAUCUAUAUGUUGGUGCCUCGGGUGGUCAGAGGGGUUUCCUGGGCUGCAUGCGGUCUCUGAAGAUGAAUGGUGUGACCUAUAACCUGGAGGAGAGGGCAAAGGUGACUCCAGGGGUGAAUCCAGGCUGCCAGGGCCACUGCAGCAGCUACGGGAUGCACUGCAGGAAUGGAGGGAAGUGUGUGGAGCAGUACAAUGGAUACUCCUGUGACUGCUCCCUCACAGCAUACGAUGGACCCUUCUGCACUGACGAUGUGGGCGGCUACUUUGAGACAGGAACCCUUGUGCGUUAUGACUUUCUGCCAGAGGCAGGACCUUUUGCGUUGCAGGAGGUGAAGAGCCUGUCAAGUGUUGGUGUUCCCAGUGAGGCCAACCUGACUCAGGAAGAGCUGGUGUUCAGCUUCAGCACCUCCAGCACUCCCAGCAUCCUGGUCUACAUCAGCUCCAGGACUCAGGACUACUUGGCUGUGGUGCUCAGGCACAAUGGCACUCUCCAGAUCCGCUACAGCCUUGGGGGGCUAACAGAACCUUACACCAUAGAUGUUGACCACCGCAACGUGGCCAAUGGACAGCCACACUCUGUCAACAUAACCAGGAACUUAAGGGAGAUACGACUACAGCUGGACCACUACCCAGUGUCCACAUACACUCUGCCUGAGGCCUCCGACACCCAGUUCAACUUGGUCAAAAGUAUCUUUCUCGGAAAGGUCUUUGAAACAGGACAGAUUGACCCCAUCCUGAUCGAGCGGUAUAACACACCGGGCUUUGUGGGCUGUCUGUCAAGAGUUCAGUUAAACAGUGUGGCACCACUGAAGGCUGCGCUGCGCUCUGGCCUGGCAGCACCCGUCAGCACCCAUGGGAUCCUGGUCCCAUCCAACUGUGGAGCCUCUCCCCUGACCAUCUCCCCCAUGGUCUCGGCUAGUGACCCCUGGCACAUAGAAGCUGCUGGAGCUGUUUUCCCCUUCAAUGAGGACAAGGCCAUUGGUGAUGGAGUGGAUCGCAACUCUGCCAUAAUUGGAGGUAUCAUCGCCAUGGUGAUCUUCACUGUCUUGUGCAUCAUGGUGUUUGUGAUCCGUCACAUGUUCCGUCACAAAGGCUCCUACCACACCAACGAGGCCAAGGGAGCAGAGUCAGCAGAUUGUGCUGACGCAGCGAUCAUUGUCAAUGACCCAGCCUUCACCGAAACAAUUGACGAGAGCAAGAAGGAGUGGUUCAUCUGAGCCCCUCAACAACAUUGACACAUGACAUUGGAUGUAUGUAGUUUUCUAAGCAUAGGGAGUAGUAGUGAGGUGACCACCUAUGGAACCUUGAGGAUGUGCCGAACGGUUUAUUUAAAAACUUUAUGGACAAUGGACACCAUGGCAUUACAGUAUUGGUAUUAAAGCACAGGGCACAGUGCUGCCUGGCAGAGCCCAUGUGGAGAUGUGGAGCGGUGUAUCUUAACUUAUUUUGGACAGUGUGACAGGAUGACAGCCUCCAGAUGGUUUAGAGGAUGGUGCUGUGAAGUUACAGGCCUUGGAUGUGUGAGUGAUUACUGUUCAGAGCAAGAUGUGAGUUCACUAGCUUUUGUUUUAAAAUUUGUUUUAUAUCAUUUUGAAUUUGAUUUCAGUUUAUUUAUUUAUUUAUAUUUAAGUCAUAUUUUUUCAGAAAAGUUCUUACAUUGUUUGCCUUUAUUUAUUUUUAUAGAUUAAUAUCUUUAUGCCUUCUUGCGAUAUAUUAGUAUUCCAGGUUAGCUAAUAAUAAUGAUCAUAUAUGUUGCUGCUGAUGGGCAGCCAACCAAUAAUGCUCCACAUCUGUAGCAAUGCUCAUAAAUUCCAGUUGUUGUUUUUUUAAUGUUCAAUCUCAUGUUUAAUCAUUUGCCUUAUUUUAUAUUACUGUCAGUAAAGUUUAGUUUUAGCCCUAUAACUGUAAACUUAAGCAUAUGUGUGUGUGUAGUGACAGGCUUGCUAGUCUGUGAAGGAGAUGUAGCCAUGAGUUUGUCAUCAUCAUUUGGACUAAGAAUGGGAGAAAGGAAAUGACACUUCUAUUUUUUUUUUUUUGCAUAUACGUACCCAACAGUGUCCCUUAAUGACUUUUGGACACUGAUUGUUGAAACUCUAUUAUUGCAUCUUUUAUUCUACUGUUUUUCCUGUCAAAUGAGUUCAGGGAGGAGCUCAGCUUUUGAAGAAUUAACUGAGUCCUGUCAGUCCACAAGAGCCCAACUCACUGAUUUGUUGGUUGUCUUUGUUGAGGUUGUCUUUUAUUAGCAAUGCUAGCACAUGAUAAUGCAAAAACAUCUGUCUGAAAAUGAUACCACAUACCAAAAGCUUUCUCAACAUAACUGCAAUUUAAGGAAUAUUGCAACAUUUUGGAGAUUAAGUUUAUCUCUGUACGUCCAGUACAGAGACAGGUGUGUAGCAGGUGAAAAUUACUAGCUUAGCUCCAUCGUAAGUGAACCAAUCUACCUUCCAACAACUCCACAGCUGGCUGAUUUACUCAGUUAGCUUUCAAUCUCCAUCCAAAAGUCAGCUUUGUGAACAGUAGAAUUAAAACCUGACAGCCAAAAACCUGUGCUUUUUCUAUUUCGACACCAGAUAAAAUGUAUGAAACACAGCUUGGAGUUGUUGGAAGCUUGGCUCUAGAGACAAGACCAAGACUGUGCUGUUGUGAGAUCAAUUCAAGAAAAUCCAUGAGUCCAAAAAGGGGUCAAGUGUGAGUUUAGACAGAAUUUAAAUGGCUUGAAAUGUGAUAAAACAGGAAACAAUUUUGGAGCAACUCUCAGAAGAUCAUCUCUGAGAAAAAAGAAAUAGAAAGAAAAUAUUCUUGUACAAUGUUACAAGCAAACUGUGAUGGCUAUUAUAUGGUGAAGACACUGAAAAAUAAGCACACAUUAAUCACAGUUCAGAAAUGUGUAUGGGAUAUUACAGAAUUUUGCGCCUCUCCAGUCGGCAACCAGAGCAGCAAACCAUGCUGGUCAAGAUAAAGAAAUAAAAGCUAAAGUGGUUGUGGUUGAGACCAAAUAGGUGGGAUGGGAGGCUGAGAUCAGGACAAGUCCAAGUCAAAACAUUCACAAGACCAGGAUAAUAGAGCAAACAUCUUCAGGCAACUUGAGAACUACAGCCCUGGUUGGAAGCUGUAUUUCUUUCUCUCUUGAUGGAGCUAGGCUAGCAAGGUCUUUGUGCUAAACUGGGCUUAAAACAUCUUGGCCCUUUCUCUCUGUACUGGAUGAGAGAUGAUGAAAUGAGAUGAAUAAGAUUAAACAGAUACUGAGAUUCUCAUCUAAUUCUGUGCAACACAGCUAACAAGCAGCUUGUCAAAGCGUUUGUUUCACUCUCCUUCAAAGGGACAUAAUCAGCCUUGAUUAAAAGAAUGCUAGGAAUACAUUUUCCCCAGCUACUAAGAAAGUCUCAUUUAUUUCCAUUUAACUUAGUAUUUUUGGAAAGAGAACCAGUAUUAGAGAUAGAAACCAGUAUUAAUGAUAUUGAUUUGUCAUAAGUUUACUUCCUCUGUCUGGUAGAGCUUCAGAUUCAGUGAAUUUGGCAUUGGGAUGGUAUGGCAGGUGCAGCCAUGUUGAGGACUGUACCCAGCUUCUUCCUGUUGCUACUCUGACUGUUUAGAUGGACUGAGAGGACUUCGUUCAGAAUUCUUCUCUCCUUAAAAAAAACCUGAGCCAUGUCUUUGAUUUUCAUGAAGUACAAUGAUGUUUCUGAAAAAGAAUGUUUGUUGUUCACAUACAAAACUACGGCUUACAUCUUGACAUUUGAUUGUAUUGCAUUUGUAUUUCUUUGACUGCAGCACAGUGUAGUGGCAUGCUGUUUGACACUGAAUGAUGGAAAUGUUUCUGUUUCAUAAGCCACUGUAGCAUCACAUUGCUUUUUCUUCAUGUUAUAUGUACAAAACUUUGCUUAACUGUUCUUUUUAUAGCAGAUUUCCCAUUCUUUCUUCUCCUCAGUGCUUUUCUCAUUGUCUUGAAAAUUUUGAUGCUUCCUCUUGGAAAGCCCAGUAAAAUAUGAUUACAAAUCUUA